GUGGCUCGCUCGGUGUUUUAUGAUCGGGUCGCACAUUUCGGCGGAACGGAGAAGCUAACAAAAUGUCGCGGGUUUACAUCGGACGGCUGAGCUACAGGGCCAGGGAGAAGGACGUAGAGAGGUUCUUCAAAGGCUACGGGAAGAUACUCGAAGUCGAUCUGAAAAACGGGUACGGGUUUGUUGAAUUCGAUGACCCCCGCGACGCAGACGAUGCGGUGUACGACCUGAACGGCAAAGAGCUGUGCGGCGAGCGGGUCAUUGUGGAGCACACCAAGGGACCCCGGCGGGACGGAGGCUAUAGUGGAAAGAGUGGAUAUGGACGCUGGGGAAGAGACAGAUAUGGUCCGCCUAUGAGGACAGAUUAUCGGCUUAUUGUUGAGAAUCUUUCCAGCCGCUGUAGCUGGCAGGACUUGAAGGACUACAUGAGGCAGGCGGGGGAGGUGACUUACGCAGACACCCACAAGGGUCGCAGGAACGAGGGCGUGAUUGAGUUCAGGCUGUACUCGGACAUGAAGAGGGCUCUGGAGAAGCUGGACGGCACCGAGGUGAACGGCAGAAAGAUCCGGCUCAUUGAGGAUCGUCCCGGUGCCCGGCGCCGCCGCUCCUACUCUCGCAGCCGCAGCCGCUCCAGGUCUCGCUCCAGGAGCCGCAGAUCUCGCAAGAGCCGCAGCCGCAGUGAAAGCAGCAGUCGCAGCCGCUCGCACUCCAGAGCGGCUUCUCGCUCCCGCAGUCGGUCCCGUAGCAAGAAGAACAAGGGCAAGAACAAGAAGGAGGAGGAGGAGCGCAGCAACGGAGCCGAGAAGGGGAAAGAUCGCAGCCGGAGCCGCAGCCCCAAGAGCAAAAAGAUCAAGAAGGAAGGCAAGAAGAUCAAGAAGGAGGACUCCAGGUCCAGGUCCCGCUCUCGCUCCAGGUCCCGCUCCAGAUCAGGUAACAAGGAUCGCUCGAGGAAAUCCGGCUCCAAGGACCGCGAGCCGCCCAAGAGCGACGACGAGGGAGGCGAGCCGGAGAGGGGAUCCCGCUCCCGUUCUGGCUCCCCCGCCGAGUCCAAGUGCAGAGCCAGAUCCAAAUCCAAGUCCAAGUCCCAUUCCCCCUCUCCGGCCAAAGCCCGCUCCCACUCGCGGUCCGCCUCCCGCUCGGAGUCCCGCUCCAAAUCCCGCUCCCCGUCUCGUUCCCGCUCCCGUUCCCGCUCCUAGUUCACGUUUCGGACUGUUCGUCACGAGCCCCGGUGUCGCCCCUCUAUUUACAUUCCCCGACCCCCUCAGCGCCGCCCCCGCCUCCUGUUUUUUGAUAAGUAGCUGUAGAAAACCAGGCACUCAUGCUCGAUGUCUUUUAUGCACAUGCUACUCCACUUCAUUUGACUUUUACUCGACAUAUUUUUUCAUUAGAGGUGUUUGUAAAAUAACAGGGUGCAAUCUCAGUUUUAUAAGUUUAAAUGAUGGUAUGGUAUGUGUCUUAGCCUUUUUUAAUCGACGUAGAAGCAUACUGUUUUUGUCAAUAUGCUGGGUGGGAGCGUGAUCCGACAUCUGCCCGCCUUUUGUGAAAUCCUUGUAUCAUUUUGUUUCAGAUUAAAAAUGCCUGCUCUGGA